UAUCUCUAAAUUCCGGAGCUGACUGACUCCAUCUCUCCCUUCCUUCCUACAUUAUAUACUCCUCCUCGUUUCAUUUUCUGCUCUGCUCUGCCCGCCGGACGUUAUUUCCAGCCCGCAACCACCUUUAAGGUAAUAGUAGAACCACCACUACCACAACCCCGCAGUGGCAAGGAGAGAGUUUCUUCGUCAGCAAGAGUAAAGAACAUGUCCACUUCUUCUUCAGAAAGUGUUAUGGUUCCGACAAUGGCUAAUGAGGAUCGCCACGUUGAUGGAAGAGUGAAGGAAGAGAUCAAAUUGUUAAAUGCAACAGAGGAUUGGUUUGGGGGAGUGACUGUGGUAAUGAGCGAGCAUAUGGAAAUUGCGGAUUUCGUGCCUCGACUGAGACAUUCCAUCUCCAAAUGGAAGGAACAGGGGAAGAGGGGGCUUUGGAUGGAGUUGCCGAUAAACCAGUCUCACCUAGUGGAUUCAGUAGUUAAGGAAGGGUUUAGGUUUCACCAUGCUGAAUCAGAUUAUGUGAUGCUCGUGCGUUGGCUGCCUGAAGAUGAACCUGAUACUCUCCCUACCAAUGCAUCUCAUCGAGUUGGUAUUGGGGCAUUUGUGCUCAAUGGAAACAACGAGGUAUUGGUGGUCAUGGAGAAGAAUGGAGGUUUCAAAGGCACAGAGUAUUGGAAGAUGCCAACUGGUGUAGUUGAUGAGGGUGAAGACAUCUAUGCAGCUGCAGUAAGAGAAGUGAAAGAAGAAACGGGAAUUGACGCUGAAUUUGUCGAAAUAUUAGCAUUCAGGCAAAGCCACAAGUCGUUCUUCAGCAAAUCAGACCUGUUUUUUGUCUGUAUGAUGCGCCCACUUUCUUCGAACAUCACUGCUCAGGAAUCAGAGAUUGCAGCAUCUAAGUGGAUGCCAAUCAAGGAGUAUGUGGAACAGCCCUACAAUAAGAAACAUGGACAGUUCCAAAAAGUUGCUGAGAUCUGUAGAGAUCGAGCAGCAGGAGCACAUGUUGGUUUCUCUGCUGUGCCAGUCUCAUCAGCUUCUGGGAAGGAAGUUUACCUCUACUGUAAUAAUAACAAGGGCAGCAAAUUGUAGAGCACUAACCUCUAGUCUUGACAAUCUAUCAAUUGUGGCCAACUUUAGGAUCGGCAUUCACCUAUUAAUGUUAUCUAGGAAUGCUGCCUCCUCCUUUAUAUUACUCCCCAGUAAAUAUAUUGUCUAGUUGAAGUGAAGCACUUUGUAGCUUGAUUACUACAAAGCUAAUAGCCUAAUACACAGUGG